AUGGGGAGUCGCCCCCCUCUGAAACCAAAUGAGAGAAAUCCAAACCAAGCUUGGAUAUUCUUCACAUUGGAGUCUCCCCCUAAUAUUAUGUGGCAAAAAGAUCAUAAGCGCCCCGAAUGGUUGAACAUGUUUAACUGGUCAUGGACAUACAAACCGGAUUCAGACAUCUUCUAUCCAUAUGGUAUAUUGCAGACAAGAGAUAUGCCAUUACAGAAAAACUAUAGCGAAAUGUUCAGAAAGAAGACGAAACUAGCAGCUUGGGCAGUUAGCCAUUGUGAUGUUGUGAGCAAAAGAGAUCGUUAUGUUGAAAUGCUAAAUAGUUUUACAAGUGACGGGUAUACGUCUAUCGUUGACAAAUUCGGGUCAUGUAACGGAGCAUUAUCCAAACCUAGCAAAGAGCAGUUCGAGAACAUUAUUGAUGAGGAAUAUAAAUUCUAUCUCGAGUUCGAGAACUCAUUUUGCCCGGAUUACAUUACAGAAAAGUUCUUUAUGAACUAUAAACGAGACGUUGUAACAAUCCUCCGUGGCAUGGGCGAGUAUGAAAAGUACUUUCCAAAAGGGUCAUUUCUCAACACAAAAGAUUUCCCCAGUCCGGGGGACUUAGCUAAAUUCAUAGUGAAUCUCGCAGCGGAUGAAGAAAAAUACAUUGAAUACCUAAAGAUGAAAGACAGGUUUUCUGUUAAAGAGUUGCAAUUUACGUACGACGACUCCGUAUGUAAAAUAUGUCAUAGACUCAACAAUAUUAACGAAUACAGAAAAACAGUCGAUUUAAAUGACGUUCUUGGAACAUGUGUUCAAGCAAAGGAUGUGUAA